AUGGAACAAAGUGAAGGUGAACAGGAAUCCCAGCCAGAAAGUCACGUGGAUAGCAAGAGCAGCGUGAAAUCCUUGCCUGGGGGAGCAGCCUAUGUCAAACUAGAGAUUAAAAAACAUGCAGUUACGGAUGACUACAAACUCUCCAAACGGGUGCUAGGGUUAGGAAUCAACGGCAAAGUACUGGAGUGUUUCAACAAGGAGACAGGCCAGAAAUGUGCUUUGAAGCUCCUGUAUGACAACCCAAAAGCCCGUCAGGAAGUAGAAUAUCAUUGGCGAGCAUCAGGGUGUCCCUACAUUGUCCAUGUCCUGGAUGUUUAUGAGAAUAUACAUCAUGGAAAGAGAUGCCUCCUCAUUGUCAUGGAAUGCAUGGAGGGAGGAGAGCUGUUGAGCAGGAUCCAGGAGAGAGGAGAUCAAGCUUUCACUGAGAGAGAGGCCUCUGAGAUAAUGAGAGACAUCGGAACAGCCAUCCAGUAUCUGCAUUCAAUGAACAUUGCCCAUAGAGACGUCAAGCCUGAAAAUUUGCUUUACACGUCUAAAGAGAAGGAUACCGUACUCAAACUCACAGACUUCGGCUUUGCCAAAGAAACCACUGUACAAAAUGCACUGCAGACCCCCUGUUACACUCCUUAUUAUGUGGCCCCAGAAGUCCUUGGUCCUGAGAAGUAUGACAAAUCAUGUGACAUGUGGUCUUUGGGUGUCAUCACAUAUAUUCUCCUCUGUGGGUUCCCUCCAUUCUACUCAAACACCGGUCAAGCCAUUUCUCCAGGGAUGAAGAGAAGAAUUCGCAUGGGGCAAUAUGGGUUUCCCAAUCCAGAGUGGGCUGAAGUAUCAGAGGAAGCCAAACAACUGAUUCGCCAUUUACUGAAGACUGACCCAACAGAGAGGAUGACAGUUUCUCAAUUUAUGAAUCACCCUUGGAUUAACAGAUCAAUGGCAGUGCCACCAACUCCCCUUCAUACUGCACGGGUCCUGCAAGAGGAUAAAGACCACUGGGAUGAAGUUAAAGAGGAGAUGACCAGUGCUUUGGCUACCAUGAGGGUGGACUAUGAUCAGGUGAAAAUCAAAGACUUGAAAACAUCCAACAACCGCCUCCUGAACAAACGCCGUAAGAAGCAGAAGCAGGCAGGCACCUCUUCUGCAGCCCCGGGGUGCAAUAACCAAUGAGAAGAGAAGCCAAGGACCUGUGGGUGGCGGGUAAAAGUUAUAAGGAACAAUUUAAAAUCAGUAUGAUCAACUCAGUCCGUACCACAAAGGCAAUGAGACCGUGAAGAAGCUAUCCUGCAAAGGGGGAGCAGUGUGAAAGAUUACAUUUUUGUAACUUGAAUCAGGGCUUUGCUUUUAAAGGCUAAUGCAUAUGACAUGAUUCUGUUGCAUAUUGCUAGGGAAGGUACAGUAAUACCAGAAAUGUUACGGGUUUUUGUUUUGGCUUUAACUGUAUUGGACGAGAGGAGAGAACAGGAGGCAGUCUCAGCAUACUAAUGCACUAGGGCUUUAACAGCCAUCUACAAGAGUAACUUCUGCUGUCAUUUUAAACUUGGGAAUAGGAAAAAUGCCAAGUGUUCUGCAAGGAGUGUUUUAGUAGUUCAAACAUGAGUACUGAAAAAGGAGGAAAAUGUCA